UACUCGUAUUUUAAUUAUUAAUUGUACUUCCAUUUGCAUUUGAUCUUCCUAUAUAAUUCGUAUGUGAUUUUUUACUCUUUACGUCAACUUCCUAAUUAUUUAAGAAGCAAACAAAUUAAAAACAAAACAAAACCCAUCAUAAUCAGUAUACAUUCAUCAAAGGAAAUUUGCAAAAGUCAAUGGGUAGCCAAAACACCAUUGAUGAAGCUUUAAGUAGUUAUGAUCGAAUUAAUGAUCUCAAGGCAUUCGAUGAAGAAAAAACCGGGGUAAAAGGGUUGGUAGACGCCGAAACAGAAGGUAUACCAAGCAUAUUUGUAAGAUCAUCCAAGGAUCGUUCAAAGGAUUUCGAAACUUGUGAUGAAAAUUUAAGUGUACCCAUCAUAGAUAUUGGUCAAGUUGGUCAAAGUAAUGAUCGAACUGCUGAGAUAGUCAAAGAAAUCUUUUCGGCGUCAAAGGAAUGGGGAUUUUUUCAAGUGGUAAAUCAUGGAAUUCCAUUGAAUUUGUUAAAAAAGACAAUUGAUGGUACUCGAAUGUUUCAUGAACAAGAUGCUGAGACUAAAAAGGAGUACUAUAGUCGCGAUUUUCAAUCAAAGAGGGUGAUGUAUUACUCAAAUCAUGACUUGUUUAAUUCAAAUGCUGCAAAUUGGAGGGAUAGUUUGUAUGUCAAUACUUUACAUACGGCUGGUGAAAUUGAUCCUCAAGAAUUGCCUCCUAUUUGCAAAGAUGUGAUAUUGGAGUAUGUCAACCAUAUACUUAAGUUUGGUGAUCACAUACUUAUGUUGCUAUCAAUGGGUCUUGGACUUGAUCCAGAACAUCUUGGAAAUUUGGCAAAAGGUAAAAAAGGUUGGUCUUUCAUAAACCACUACUAUCCAGCGUGUCCAGAGCCAGAAUUGACAUUAGGAAUAAAUGGGCAUGCUGAUAACUCAUUUAUCACAAUACUUUUACAAGACCAAAUUGGCGGACUCCAGAUUCUGCACCAAAAUAAAUGGGUUAAUAUUACUCCUGUCUCUAGUGCUUUGAUUGUUAACUUUGGCAAUAUACUUCAGAUUAUAACUAAUGACGUGUUAAAAAGCGUCUACCAUAGAGUGAUUGCAAAAAGUGUUGGACCGAGGACAUCUGUUGCGUUCUUUUUUCGUGGUAAUUUCUCAUCAAAGAAGAUAUAUGGUCCAAUUAAGGAGCUAACCUCAAAAGAAAAUCCUCCUAUUUAUAGGGAUUUUACAAUCGAGGAAAUCACCACAUACUUCUUCUCCAAAUCUCUUGAUUGGAAAAGGCAAUGUAGGUGCAACAAGAGAAUAGGCCGGGACACUUGAGCGUCAAGACAAGCGACUAUAUUGUCUAUAAGGCCAUCAUCUAUGUAUUUGGGUUUUAGUCUUAUAUUAGUGAUGUAUUUAUUUAGGGACAAGCUACUAUAUAUAAUAUACGACAUUUUUUUUUAAAUUUUAUUAUUUGUGUUUAUUUUUUCUUUUUAAAAAUUUGGUAAUUAAUUAACUACGUACUCUUAUUAUAUAUUGUUGAUUAAUUAUUGUAUUUUUUUUUUAAAUCUAGUUAUAUAGAA